AAAUAUCAAGAUAUGGAAAAGCCACAUGCAGGUUCAGCAAGGAAUGCUCAGCAAACCAUCAGUGAGCAGGUUGAAAGAUGUCUGGAGCCAUUUCUCCUGUCCCAGGCACAGCUGGAGGCAGUGAGGGAUUUGAUGUCGGUCAACAUGGAGAGAGGACUAAAGGCAAAAAAGAAGAGACCUUCAACAUUGAAAAUGCUUCCGAUGUAUGUCCGCUCAACUCCAGAUGGCACCGAACGUGGUGUUUUCUUGGCUCUUGAUCUUGGAGGUGCCAACAUCCGUAUCAUCAAGGUGAAAUUAGACGGCUCUAGGGGAGUAGAAAUGGACAGCGAAGUAUAUGACGUUCCUGAGGCAGUAGUGACUGGGGCAGGAAAACAGCUGUUUGAUCAUGUUGCUGAGUGUCUUGGCCUUUUUCUUGAAAAACAAAACCUGAAGGAUGAAGUUCUCCCACUUGGUUUCACCUUCUCCUUCCCCUGCAAGCAGACUGAACUAGACCAGAGUGUACUCAUAUCUUGGACAAAGGGAUUUCGCUGCUCUGGUGUAGAAGGACGGGAUGUGGUUCAGUUGUUAAAAGAUGCCAUUCAGAGAUGUGGGGAUUAUAAAGUUGAUGUUCUUGCAAUUGUCAAUGACACUGUUGGGACUAUGAUGAGUUGCGGCUAUGAAGAUCACAGCUGUGAAGUUGGCUUUAUUAUUGAUAGUGGCACCAAUGUAUGUUAUAUGGAAGAGAUGGGUAACGUGGAGUCUGUAGAGGGAGAUGAAGGUACGAUGUGCAUUAGCAUGGAGUGGGGAGCACUUGGAGAUGAUGGAGCGUUAACUAUUGAGACCUCCUAUGAUGCUCAAGUAGACCAAGCAUCCCGGUUACCUGGAAAGCAACGGUUUGAAAAGAUGACUAGUGGAAUGUACAUGGGUGAAAUUGUGCGUUAUGUACUCCUGGAGCUGACCAAUAAAGGUCUUCUGUUUGGUGGCUUCAAAACAUCGCAACUUGACACCGAAGGAUCAGUUGGGACAAAAGAGGUGUUAGAAAUUGAGAAUGAUCCUUUUGGUCUGGAUAAAGCUAAAAGCAUGUUGACUUCCUUGGGACUGAAUCCAAGUGAUCAGGACUGCAGGGCUGUGAAGAGCGUGUGCAAUGCUGUGCUCAUGAGGUCUGCCAAGUUGUGUGCUGCUGGACUUGCUGCCGUGGCCAACCGCAUUAAAAACAAUAGACAAGACCCAGUGGGCAGAAUCACAGUGGGAGUAGAUGGAUAUGUGUACAAAACCAACCCCAAAUUUGGGGCAUAUCUCAACAAGGCUCUGGAGGAGCUGGCACCAAGCUGCCAAAUCAAAUUUCUUGUGUCCGAGGAUGGAAGUGGAAAGGGGACUGCUAUAGUUACAGCUGUAGCUCAACGGCGUGUAGAACAAAGACAAUGCAUCAAUGAGAUCCUGGCACCAUUUAUUAUGUCUGAGUCACAGCUAAAAGAAGUACAACGUCUCAUGCGGAAAGAAAUGGAUUUUGGGCUAGAGGGUGGAGCUCGUGCUACUGUGAAAAUGCUCCCUACAUAUGUGUCUGCUACACCUGAUGGAACAGAAAGAGGGGAGUUUUUAGCUCUAGAUUUAGGCGGAACCAACUUCCGAGUCUUGUAUACCCGCGUGGGCAUAAAAAAUGAAGGAGGGAUACAAAUGGUGAGCAAGACAUUUACCUUGUCAACUCAAGUGAUCCAAGGAACAGGAGAAGAGCUCUUUGAUCACAUAGUGGAUUGCAUCACAGAAUUUCAAAAAGAAAAUGGUCUUAAAGGGAAGAGACUGCCACUAGGCUUCACGUUCUCCUUUCCCUGUCAGCAGACCAGCCUGGAUAAGGGCAUUCUGAUUUCAUGGACAAAGGGGUUCAGUGCAUCUGGAUGUGUGGGAGAAGAUGUGAUCAAGCUUCUCAGAGAGGCAGCUAUUCGGAAAAAGAACCCUGACUUCCAUGUAGUAGCUCUGGUGAACGACACUGUGGGAACAAUGAUGUCUUGUGGAUAUGAUGACGCAGCCUGUGAGAUUGGGCUGAUUGUGGGUACAGGAACAAAUGCUUGUUAUAUGGAGGAGAUGAGGAAUGUGAAGGUGCUGGAGGGGGAUGAAGGACAGAUGUGUAUAAAUAUGGAGUGGGGGGCUUUUGGAGACAAUGGUUGCCUGCAUGAUAUCCUCACCUCCUAUGACACUGAUGUAGACCAGUUCUCCAUUAAUAGUGGGAGACAGAGAUUUGAGAAGAUGAUCAGUGGAAUGUACCUAGGAGAAAUUGUACGUCAAGUUUUAAUUGUCCUUACCCAACGUGGAAUCCUGUUUGGUGGCAAAAUUUCUGAGCAGUUAAAUACAAGAAACCUGUUCCCUACCAAAUUUUUAUCUGACAUUGAAAGGGAUACUCUUGGCUUACUGGAGGUCCGGGCCAUCCUGACUGGGUUAGGCCUGGAGUCCACCUGUGAUGACACCGUGGUGGUGAAAGAGGUUUGCAUAAAAGUGUCGAGGAGAGCAGCUCAGCUGUGUGCUGCCGGCAUUGCUGCUGUGGUGGAAAAGAUUAGAGAAAAUCGGGGCCUUGACCAUCUCCAAAUCACUGUAGGCGUAGAUGGAACUCUGUACAAACAACAUCCCCACUUUGCUGGAGAGGUUCAGAAGGCAGUGAAGAUGCUGGCUCCUCAGUGUGAUGUCACCUUUCACAUCUCUGAAGACGGCUCUGGUAAAGGGGCAGCCCUGAUUACUGCAGUUGCCUGUCGUGUUGCGGGUGCUGAGGCACGGGCAGCUUAAAGAAACCUUCAUAUCCGUAUGUGGACAUCAUUUAAAAUAAGAGAAAUCUUCACAUCAUGUUAAAUGUGUUCAUACAAAAUGUUCUAUUUAUAUGGAAUAAUUUUACUUUAUGUUUAAUAUGUACAAAUUAAAUAUUUUUGCAUUGA